AUGAAAAAUUUGCAAAACUCCACCAGAUGAAAUACAUGCUUUGUUCACGCUUCAUUCACUUUUACAAAUCCACGAUGCGAAAACGGCUCCAUUGCAAAUCUUUACUCUAUCCAUCACAGAUCAUCUCUCUCUUCGCUCUCUCUAUCGCAGAUCUUCACUCAAAGUCAAAUUUGAGAUCUACAAGCUUCAAUCCAUAGUAAAUCUCUGUUCUUCAAAUUUGUUGCAGAUUUGGCUUCCAUUUACCAUGUGGGUUUUGCAAGGAGCUGUUAAGAUGGUGUGGAGUCUUCCCGAGGUUAUGAGAGUAGCAUGCACAUUCAUGUUAGUCAUGCUUUUAUGGCUAGCAUUAUGGUCUUUCGGUGCAGCUGGUGUUGUGGCUUCAAGCAUGCGUGAUGGUGGACGUUGGUGGCUUCUUGUGAUUAGGGGAUUCAGAUCAAAGAUUGGCAACAGUGUGUGUUGCUGUGCUGUGUUGAUUUUCCUGUUUUAUCUUGUGGAGACUCUGGUUCGUUUUUUCAACAAGUAUGCCUAUGUCCAGGUUGAGAGCUCUGUUUCUGCUCCUACGGAUGGACAAAACACCCGGGGUUUAACAAUGGCCCAAGCACCCUCCGAUAUGGUUUGGCAUCUAUCCCAUUUUCACACCAAACUAUGAGGAAGAGCAUUAGGGAAGGCCACUGAAGCCCUUCCUUUGCCAACAUUCUCAAGCUGGGCAUGGCAAAUGCAAAGCCAUAGCGUGGUGUUAAAGUCGACUGUGGUUGAUAUCUUCAUAGAGUUUUAAUUCAUAUAAUGACCUAUGUUGAACUAUUUUGAUCCUAUUUUGAGUUUUAACUCAUAUAAUAAACCAUGUUGAAGUGACUUUGGAUACUUUGUGUUUUAAUUUUUGUAAAAUUUUAUUUUCUAUAUACUCUUUGUGGUUUGGGAGUAAAAUGCCUUUGGUGUGUGGA